AUGGGCAAGGGCUGGUUUCAGCAGACCUACAGAAACUCUUGCUCGGGUCAUUCGAUUUGGCUGUUGCUGUGUUCUGGCCGUGAGCUGCUGCUGCUGCAGAACCAGCGGUAUUUGGGGAGCGAACACGGAGCUGCUCCAUCGCCCCGCCGGAGAUCCAAGGCAGCCCUCUCGUGGCCGCUGCUGUUCCGGAGCAAUUGCUGUGGCUUUAAUCCCCAUCGGCCCUUGGCACCGUCACAGCUCGGAACGCACGGAGUGGCCUCGGGAGAAGCGCUGGGGCGUGAGACAGACCCGCGCUUUACAUUUUGGUCGGGCGCUUUCUGUGUUCGAGCCGGCCAGGGCUGGAACACAACGGAGCUGCUCCAGAGAAUUCCAUUCUUGCCUACCACCGGCGCUGAAAUUGGCUCCAGGAACGCCUGUGGGUUUGGAACGCUUCACCAGGGUGACACUUUGUGGGGUUUGCUUUACUCCCGGCUCCUCUUGCCAGAUCUGCAGCGGGAAGAUGCCGAGAGUGACUGGAGUGCUGACUCCUGGAGUGACUACGGCAGUCGUGACAAACCGGGGACUACUUUGGGAAGGACUGUCCCAGACGGAAAUGUCCUUUUUCCGGAUAUUUUUCACACCGAUCAUCUUUUGUUUUACGAACGGUUCAGCGCUUACCAGGAUUACAUCUUGGCUGACUGCAAAGCCUCUGAGGUGAAGCAGUUCAUAGCUGAGUACCUGGAGAAGGUCCUUGAGCCCUGUGGCUGGCAGGCCAUCUGGCGCACUGAUGUGUUUCAGGUCCUUGUUGGGGUGGUUGGUGUGAAUUUCCCAGCCCUGAAGGCAGUUGUGCAGCUCAGUGAGCCGUUCCUGUGUGAGUCCCAGGACAGCAGCUUUACCCAGGAGUGCAUGCAGGAGCUGCUGGAGCUGAAGGAACAUGAGAUCCUGCUGCAGGAGCUGUGGGUUGUGUAUGAUGAGUCAGGAGAGUUUGACCAGACAGCACUAGCCAUAGAGCAUCUCAGGUUCUUCUACCGGAGCAUCUGGAGGAUCUGGGAUGAGGAGGAGGAGGAUGAGUUUGAUUACUUUGUGCGAUGUGUUGAGCCCCGACUGAGACUGCACUAUGACAUCCUGGAACAACGGGUGCCUUCUGGGCUGGUGGUUGAUUACCAGAACUUGUUGUCUCAGUGUGAAGAGCUUUAUAAGAAGUUUUUAAAUGUGAGGAACAGCAUAUCAAACAAUGAUUCGGACUCAGAAGCAGAAAACGUUUCCAUGGUGGAAGGACUAAAAUUGUAUGACAAAGUGGAGCACUUAAAACAAAAGCUCAAACUAAUUGAGAAUCCUCUGCUGAGGUACGUGUUUGGUUACCAAAAAUACGGCAGCCUCCAGGCUAAAGGACUGAGACCAACAGGUGCCAAGGUCAUUCAUGUUGUGCCCUGGACCAUGACAGCAAACCUGCUCCACCUGUUGGCAAGGGACAAACUUUGCCCAGAAUCUUGUGAAGACUUAGAAAUACAGUUUCACCGUGAUCCACUGACAGCUGUAAAUGCCUGUUAUGAAGGAGACAGAGUCAUCAUCUGUCCUGGCCAUUAUUUUGUGGAUGGCAUGUUCUCCAUUGCUGAUUCAGUAGAGCUAGAAGGCUAUGGCCUGCCAGAUGAUGUCGUGAUAGAAAAGCAAGGGAAAGGAGACAACUUCUUUGACUGUACAGGAGCCAAUAUAAAGAUCUCCAACUUGAAGUUAGUGCAGCAUGAUGCUGUGGAGGGGAUUUUAAAUGUCCAUCAUGGGAAAACCACGCUGGAGAAUUGUGUGUUACAGUGUGAAACCACUGGAAUAACAGUGAGGACAUCAGCUGAGCUACUGAUGAAAAACUCAGAUCUCUAUGGGGCAAAGGGUGCAGGUGUGGAAAUCUAUCCAGGAAGUGCGUGCUCCCUGCUGCACAACGGGAUCCACCACUGCAAGGAGGGAAUACUGAUCAAGAACUUCUUAGAUCAGGAUUAUGAGGCUCCCAAGAUAACUAUGAUUCAUAAUAUUAUCCACAAUAAUGAUGGAUAUGGUGUGGUCCUGGUUAGACCAGCGGUGCCCUCUGAAACAAAGGAUGCUUCAGGACAAGGAGCUAAAGGGAACACACAACCUACCCAGGCAGGUGAUGAGACAGCCUGUGCAGAGGGCUCCAGGCAAGAACAACCUGGAUGUGUAACUGAUGAGUUGGAGCUUUGUAAGCGAGCUGAGACUUCUGAACAAACUCAAAACAACUCUGAAAUUGCAAAUGUACUUGGGGCUACUUCUGCAAAGAAGAGACAGAUCCACAAGAAAAGACUGAGUGAACUGGGAUUUACAGAAGCUGAUGACAACCUAAUGUCACAGGAGAUGUUUGUCUCUGUUGAGGGCAAUCAGUUCAAAUGGAAUGGGAAAGGAAGUUUUGGUAUCUUUUUUUUCUGACUGUCCUGACUCCUGCUGGCAUUGCAGUAGGAUUUGUACAGUUACUGAUCAGGUCACAUGCCAAGAGUUGUGCAAUGGUGUUAUGCUUUUAUUACCCGAGUGUAAUCCCUAUUAAAGGACUGUGGCUAGAAACUCA